GUGCAUUGCAUUCAUGUUAUCAUGUUGCAUGUUGGUAUUUCUGAAUUAACGUCAAAUAUGAACAACGCCGGAAAUUCCUCCCAUACACGUCGAAAAUCUGCCAUUUAUUUCUUGUGUUAAUAUGGCAUCAGGUAAAAAAGGGAAGAAAACCAAAGGUAAAACUUUGGCGUUGACGGAUUUUUUGCAAGAAACUACAGGAUCCAUUCCUAUCCAACCGAUCAGAAAAGCUACCUUCAACUGGGCUGAAGAAGUGGAAGAUAAUGAUGGAUAUGAGGCUAAGAAGCCGGUCAACGUUGUCCUACCGACUGCGCCAAAAGCGUCGAGGGAUUUCGAUGACGUCAGCGAUAAGGUGCCCAAAGACCCGCCUUUCGUGGCGUACCUGUCGAAUUUGCCCUAUGACGUCGACGAGGAUGAGAUUGCGGAUUUUUUCAAAGAUAUGAGGAUAGCUAAUAUGAGGAUUCCAAAGGAUGACAGAACUGGUGAAUCAAAAUCCAAAGGAUAUGGAUAUGUUGAAUUUGAAGAUAGGGAAAGCCUUUUGGAAGCUUUAGUGCUACGUGAUCCAACCCUCAAAAGCCGCCGGAUGCGAAUCGAAGUGGCGUCGAACACGGAGAACGACCGCCGGCGGGGCGGCCGCAUGGACAUGGGCAGGGGCGGCGAGGGUAGGUCGGACGCCUUCGGCGAUUGGCGUUCGGGCGGCCGAGCCCCAGAUGCCUCGGAGAGGGACGGCGGCGACAGGAGGCAGGGCGGAUUCGGCAGAGACAGAGAAGGAGGCGGAGGCGGGCCCUUCACCAGAGACAACAUGAGGGGCGGCGAAAGCGAUAGGGGCAGCUUCACCAGGGACAAUAUGAGGGGCGGCGACAGCGACAGGGGCGCCUUCACCAGGGACAACAUGCGCAGCGGGGACAGGGACGGCGGCGACAGGGGCGGUUUUUCUAGGGACAAUAGGGGUGGCGGUGGUUUCAGCGAGAGGGGCGAUAGGGAGGGUAACAGGAGCGACGACAGGCCGGGGGCAUGGCGGGACGGGCCCAGUAGGGACCAAGAUAGGGACCGAGGUUCGAGUUUCAAUCGUGAUAGGGGUAAUUAUAGGGAUUCGGAUAGGGGUGGCAGAUUCGACGAUAGAGAAGAUAGGCGAGGCGGCGGUUUUGGGCCUCGACGGUACGAAGGCGAUAGAGAGCGAGAUCGAGACCGAGAUGACGGUUUCAGAAGAGGGGGAGGAGGAGGAGGAGGAGGAGGGGGGGGGGCGAGAGAAGAUGCACCACCCUCGGAAACGCGCGAACGGCCGCGACUGGUGCUGGCGCCGCGCACAAAACCGGUCGACCGACCGCCCACCACCGACCCCGUCUCCCAGACGGACGCCCCGCCCACCGCGUCGACGGGAGGCGGGGCGUGGGGAGCGGCGCCCGCUGCGGCCACGCCCUCGGCGUCCAUUUUCGGUAACGCGCGGCCGGUGGACACGAGCCAGCGCGACAGGGAGAUCGAGGAGAAGCUGGAGAGGCCGCGGGAGGAGGGCAGCAGGGAGAGGGAGAGGGGGCACUAUGCCGAUGACAAAAAAAGUAUUGAUAGAAGUAGUAGACCACCUAGAAGAAUAGACGAUCAGCCCUCUCAUUCUAACAGACAAAACAGAGAUAACCGGUCAUCAUCAAGGAAAGAUGUUGACGAUGUCAAACCGGUUUCUAGAAAUGAAGAGAAAUCGCCCGAUGAUAAACCCAAAAGAGAAGAGAAAAGGCAUGAUAAGGAUAUGCCGAAAUUGGCGGACCCCGAACCGCCGAACUUUGCGGCAAAUAACAAAUUUGCUUUUUUGCAAACAGACGAUAAUUCUGACUAGCAUUUUUCGACUGUUGAUUCGCUGUACAUACUAUGGAUUAUUGUAAUAAAUAGUUUUUUAUUGUGAGGUAGCCUCAUAACUUUUACAUAUUUAUUAUUUUUAGUAAUUAGAUUGAUCAAAUUUUUUGUCAAUAACAAAAAAUUUGUAUGUGUACAUUCUUUUUGUUGAAACUUUUAUUGUAACUUGUGUUGAUAUGAAUUACAUAUUUCUAUUGUUUGGUGAUCCAUUUUCUUAUUCACAUUCGGAUGUCACUGUCAAUCCUUUGCAUGUCCCAGAGAAUUUAUUUUAUGUAAAAAGUUACAAGCCAUUUUGAAAAAAUGAAAUGAAUGUAAAAAAAGAAUAAAUAAAGUGUCAAGGAAU